GAGUCGAUCUUCAGUCUUUCAUUCUAUAUUUCCGCGACUUCUUUUCCCAUUUCACAACCAAUUAUGAUGUUGAAAAUGCUCAUUCUUACGUUCCUGCUUAGUCUAUUCCAUCAAACCUCUGCCUUCAACAACCUCAGUGUAAAUGCAUUGGCAGCUCAUUUCAGUGAGAUCCUCUCACCGAGGUCUCAAGUAUGGCUUCCCGGUAGCGUUAAUUACACUUCCGCAAUAACUCAAAGAUGGACAAUCUAUCCACCAGCAGAGCCUACUUAUAUUCUUGCUUUGAAGCCAGCACUACCUUCUGAUAUUCAAACCAUUAUUCAAUUUGCAUCUAAGCACAAUGUCCCGUUUAUGGCAACAGGUGGAGGACAUGGAUACUCGUCAACACUACACAGCUGUAAGAAUGGAAUCGAUAUCGAUCUAGGUUUCUUCCACGAUAUCAAAAUCGACAAAGAAGCAAGCACCAUCACAAUUGGAGGAUCUGUAAAAUUUGGGGAACUCAUACAACCAUUAUUUGAUGUUGGAAAAGAAAUUCAAACAGGAUUAGCACAAUGCGUUGGCGUUGUUGGAGCAACAUUAGGUGCAGGACUUGGGCCAUAUACUGGUCUUCACGGUCUAGUAAUUGAUGCUCUGCUAGAGGUAAAAUAUGUCACUGGAACAGGCGAAUUGAUCACAGCAUCUAAAACAGAGAAUCCAGAACUUUUCUGGGGAGCUAGAGGAGCUGGCCAUCAAUUUGGUGUUGUCUACGAAGCCACAUACGUAGCACAUGAUGCCACCAAUGAUGGACAGCUAAUAGUGGCGAGCAUGCGAUUUCAAUCCAGCGAGAAUGCAUCUUUGUGGGAAAUACUGAAGGAUAUUGGAAAUAACCAGCCCGGAGAAAUGUCAUUGGCUUUACAAGUAAAUUGGAAUGAUGAAUUUGGUGGUCUCAACAUCAUGAUAAACGCAAAAUGGGUCGGAUCCAUGGAGGAGGCCCUCAUUGCAUUUUCCCCAUUCUUAUCUCUCAGCCCCAUUCAAAAAAGCAUAACAAAAAUUCCUUGGACCAGCCUUUACGACUUAUCCGUUCCCGGCGGCAAAAGUUCUAGCUGUGAUCGCGGUACAAAGAGUAGUAAUUGGGCUGUGAAUCUCUACACCGUCUCUAUUCCAACAUUCACUCACACAUUCCAAAAAUUGGCUCGCUUCUACUCCGAUUUUCCUUCGUCAAGAACGAGCUUUUGGUCUAUCGAAAAAUUCGCCAAUUCAGUAACUCUUUCGACACAAGACGAUGAAACAGCAUACCCGUGGAGGAACACUACAAUCUAUACUUUUGUCGGUUUGCAAAUAGAUGACGAGUCGCAAGAUGAUGCUAUAAAUGCUUUCGGUGCUUCUUUCCAAGCGGAGAUGGCUGAGUCUAGUGGGUAUGAUGACUUGAGGGUCUACAUAAAUUAUGGUCGAAAUGAAGGAGAGGAAGUGUGGUAUAGUGAGAGAAAAUUGCCGAGACUGAAGGCAUUGAAAAGGAAGUAUGAUCCAUUGGAGUUAUUUAGUCACUACAAUCCCAUGAGGAUAUCUCAACAUGAUGAAAAAGAUAUUGAUUAUGGACACUUUGAAAGGGGACUAAAAUGAGUCUUGUAUAUUACACAGACGUAUUUUGGGUAAUUUGGAGAUAGUCUAACUUUAUCA